AUGUACUUCACCGCCGCCGCCGCAACCACCCUCCUCUCCCUCCUUCCCACGGCCCUCUCCCACGGCCUCAUCACCUCCCCACCCUCGCGUCCCACAGGCCCAGAACUAACCUCCCACUGCGGCCCCGCCAUAACCCGCACCAUAAACGGCGACAACACCUCGCACGUCGAGGGCCUCCCCGAGCUCCUCCUUCCCCCUUACACCGCCUCCAGCUGCAACCUCUGGCUCUGCAAAGGCCUCCAAUUCGCCGACAACCCGUCCAACAACACGCAGGUAUGGAGCGCGGGCCAGGUCGUGCCCAUGAAAGUGUGGAUCCGCAUUCCGCACGAGGGCUCGGCCAAUGUGAGUAUUGUGGAUACGAAGAAGAAUGAGGUUGUGGGCGAGAUGUUGAAGGUGUGGGAGGAGGGGUAUGCGCCGGGGAAGAGUGAGGCGGAUGUACCGGCCGGGCAGAAAGAGUUUAGUGUUAAGGUGCCGGAGGGGUUGGAGGAGAGGUGUGGGACGGCUGGGGAUUGUGUGCUGCAGUGGUGGUGGUAUGGAGUAGCGGCUAAGCAGACGUACGAGUCUUGUGUGGACUUCAGGAUCGCGAAGACGAGUGCAAAGAGGGACUCUUUCGGUCGUGCAUUCAGAGGAUGA